AUGCAGCUGAUAGCGGUUGCAGAAGCGCACGAGGUGCGACGAGCGGAGGAGCGUGCCACGUUAGAAAAACCGCAAGGACAACUGCAGCAAUCUGGAAUCCAACUGCAGAGUGAAGCCGAACUUCACAGACGACAGCAGAAGGCACUGUCAGCGCAAGUAGAAGCGAAGCGGCGAGAGCUCGCGCACUUUGAAGAGCGACUGAGACAAGAACGAGAGGAUCUGGCAGAGGUCGCGAACGAAAAGGAUCUCCAGCUUCAGAGACGAGCGGCGAUCAGCGAACAAGUGAAAGCUGCAAAAGACGCGCACAGCGCUCGCGAGGCAGCACUCACUGAAGAAGCCCGACGAGUGUCAGCUGUGCUACGAGCUCGGGAAGAGAGGAUCAACGAUCAAGCACGAUGCGUCGGCGAACAGCAGGCAAACGCUGGGCGAGCAUGGCAGCAGGUGCAUUUCAACGCGGCUGAGGUCGAAAAUCGCGAAUGUGGUGGAGUGGCGGUCGCUUUUUUUUAUGAGGCGAUCCCGGCUCUCCACUGGUGCCCAGACGACCGAAUAUCGGAAGGAGAACUCCGUUUUCGUGUCUUGUAA